ACUUUCCCACGUAGCCUGAUACACCGACACGGAUGUUGUUAGUCUGUCUGUGAAGAACUCGUGUACGAAAGCAUGGAAGGCUGCAAGGUUAUGAAAGGUGGCGAAGAGAAGGAACCAAAACAGCAGAAAACUAUUUCUAAGGAAUUGCUGUCUGUUGGAAAUGGAGGAGGCAUACAUGACAAACUGCUCCUAAACUCGAAGCGCUCCAGUAAAAACGGGACUUCCCAGCAGACUGUGAAGGUGCCAAGAAGCAGUGUAUUAGACAGACUGCAGAGUUUUCUACCACAGAUGGCCCAGGCUAAUGAGAGACUGAAACUGCAGAUGGACGAAUCUCCAGCUGGCCAGUUCGAUAUUGAGAACAUUGAAGGCAAUUCUGGGAAAAUCAUUGAGAUGGAUGUGGCGUUAGUGGAACUAGAUGAUUCUGACGACAGUGAAACAGAAGAAUCUGAAUCGGAGGACGAAAGCUCUCGGUCUGAGGAAGAUGAGGAGGAGGAGGAGUAUGGGGGCAGUGAUAUGAGGGAAGACCAGCUCAAACUACCUGGGAGUCGGGUGAAGAGGACAGGAAAGAUUGAAGUGUUGGAGAGCAUGAAUGGUUAGCCCAUGUGGAAAAGCAGUAAUUUGCUGAACCUCAUUUGUGAAAGACUUGAAAGGGACCCAGGAUCACAAAAUCACAACCCGCAGGGUUGCUGUUAUGUACUUUUCAAAACAUUUUUUUUUUUAAUAUACUCAAGAAAAACUUAAAACAGUCAGUUAGUAGCAAGGAGUGGUCAGAAUAUGUAUUUUGCCAGAUGUGUCCCUGAGCCUUCAUAAAGCUGUAAUUUGUUGUAUUUUGUUGGAUAUUUGUAUAACUUAAUUAUUUUUAGGGUGAACUUUUCAGGUGGUAUCCCCAAAGCAGUUCCAGGUCCUAAUUAAAAGCCAAAUAACUAGUUAAUUGGGAUGGAUCUGGGAUAUUUAGUGCAUGUGGACAGUAUUUAAUUAACAACUGGAGAUUUAAAGCCCAAGUCCCAAGCAGAGACAUCUUCACAUGUGGCUCAGUUAUUGGAUUUACCUUGUGCAUUUUCAGUCCAUGGCAUCUUUGUCUGCCUGUUAGACACGUGCUUUGUGGGGCCAGUUGUAAUAGCAAUUUGUGAUGUGAAAAGGGUCUGGGAAACAGUGAUUUCACCUUUUGAUCAAUGCAGAGAGUUUAUAUUUGUAUCCCAUAGCAUUAGCUACCCAUUUAUUUAGUUAGCCUACCUUGACUGAAACAAAAAAGUUUUGUAAAGAUCAUGAUGUAGAUGGAUAUCUGUUUUAUAUACUGUAUAUACUAUUUUGAUGGCUACAAUAAUGCAUAUAUUAAAAUUUAAUGUAUGUCGA